AUGUCAGCGGCAUCCGAAGAGCAGAUCCGUCCUGGAUGCUCGAUACACGAUGUACAGUUCAUGUACAUGUCCCCGAAGGAGAUUCAGGACAUAUCUGUUAAGGAAAUCACAGAGGUUGCUGCGUUCGGCAAUCUGGCGGGUGCUCCCUUGCCUGAUGGAUUAUACGAUCCCGCACUGGGACCCCUUCACAUCGGUGAUCUAUGCAAAACGUGCGGAUUAGGGGUUCAUGACUGUCCUGGUCACUUGGGUCACAUAAAACUCGCGACUGAUGUGUACAAUCCUUUCUUGAUACGGACAUUGUAUAACGUGCUGCGUAGAAUGUGCACUUCUUGCAAUCACUUCCGUGUUCGAAAGGCUGUAACUCAGAGGUGA